AUGCCUAAUGCUAACACACUCUGUAUUACAGAUGUUCUCCAGACUAUUGAUUUUCCUGUGCGUUCAAAUGUUCAGAUUCGUAAGGGGGAUUUGACGAAGCAAAAAGUUGAUGUGAUUGUAGUGUGCUUGUCAUCAGAUAUACUGAGAGAAUAUGUAUUACAGGCAGCUGGUUCUGAUGUACGAAAGCAAUAUGAAAAAGGUAAAAGAACAACAGAUCAAGCUUUGGCCUUAUGGUCUCCAGUCUUGCCAUGCCAACAAAUUUUAUUCCUGCCAUGGGUACCAAGUCAACAUGAUGUGCUCCUGGAACAGAGCAUAAGAGAGUUUAUAGCGUUAGCAAUUCAGUAUGUGCUGGACCAAAACUAUACAAGUGUAGCAUUUCCGGCAAUCGGUUGCGGUCGGUUCGGUUUAGAUAUCGCAUUCAUAGCUGCAUCAAUGUAUCAUCAUAUUAUAAUAGAAAAAUAUCCGAUAAAUAUCACAUUCGUUAUACAACCGUCGCACCAGGAAGUAUUUGAUGCUUUUCAGAGAGCUCAAGCGUCGACUUUAGCUGUUUCGGUCUUACCGCAUAUGUGGACAUAUACAAAUGAGCAAAGAACUUUACGUUUGCCCUUAAAAAUAAAUACAGUUGAAUAUAAUACAAUCAUUAACGAAUUUAACAAAACAAUGUUUGGUCAAUAUACGAGAAUAAAUCGAAUUGAACGUAUUCAAAAUGAGCGAUGGCAUAAACAGUACAUGCUUCAUCGAGCUGAUUUUAAAAAAAGUCUGAAAAUGAAUACUGAGAAAUUUCUUUAUCAUGGUUGCCCAGACGUGGCAACAUCCAGUAUUAUUCAAGAUUAUUUCAAUCGAAGUUUUGCUGGAAAAAACGGUACGCUUUAUGGGCAUGGUGUUUAUUUCUCGUCAAACGCACAAUAUAGUCAUGCCUAUGCAGUGCCUAAUAAACAUGGUGAGCGAUGCAUGUUUUUUGCACGCGUUCUAAUUGGCCGUACAACUCUUGGAGAUAAUACAAUGAAAGUUUGCCCAAAACAGUACCACACAACUACUGAUGGCCAACAUAUCUACGUCACAUAUCAUGAUACUCAAGCGUACGGACAAUACUUGAUAUGUUAUCAAUAA